AUGUGGUGUUGUGUUUGUUCCUGGUGAUGCUCUGACAGAGACAGAAGAAUUAACCCCUCACCAGGCUGCACACAUGCUUUCACUGGGUCAGGAGAACAUCUCCACCUCCCCUUCAUCCACCAAAGGACCAGUCAGUUAUGGAGAACUUAUUGUGCUGGGGUGUAAUAGCUCUCUGCCCAGCAGUGACAAGGGGAGGAGUAAAAGUCACUUUACUUUAUGUCGCAAGAAUAAAGCCAAUGGUGUGAAGCCUAGCACUGUCCACACAUCCUGCACACCUCAGGCUGCCAAGUUCCAGAUUGGCCGUUCCACUGAGACUCCCAUUGACUUUGUGGUGACAGACACAGUGCCUAAUGGGCAGGGCACUGCUGACAGUCCAGUUGUCCAUAGCACCAUAUCCCGCUUUGCCUGUCGCAUCAUCUGCCAAAGAAACCCUCCUUAUUCUGCACGAAUCUAUGCUGCAGGGUUCGACUCUUCCAAGAACAUUUUCCUUGGGGAAAAAGCAGCCAAGUGGAGGAUGCAGGAUGGUCAGAUGGACGGACUGACCACAAACGGUGUUUUAGUCAUGCAUCCUCGACAGGGCUUCAGUCAGGACUCCAGACCUGGUCUGUGGAGGGAGAUCUCAGUCUGCGGGAAUGUUUUCACUCUGAGAGAAAUCAGAUCAUCUCAGCAAAGGGGAAACAUGGUUGAUUGUGAGUCCAACGAGCUGGUGGAUGGUUCCCUGAUCGACCUGUGUGGCGCCACCUUGUUGUGGCGUACUGCUGAGGGUCUUGCCUGCACCCCUACAGUCAAACACCUGGAGGCGUUGAGGCAGGAGCUGAACGCCGGACGGCCCCAGUGCCCCGUUGGCCUAAACACUCUGGCCUUCCCCAGCCUGCGGCACAAACAUGUCCUGGAUGAAAAGCAGCCCUGGGYCUACCUUCACUGUGGCCACGUGCACGGCCACCAUGGCUGGGGGGCGCACCGUGACCCUGACGUGGGUGCAGAGUGCCAAGGCAGGGAGUGCCCCAUGUGUCGGGCCAGGGGUCCCUAUGUUCCACUGUGGUUAGGCUGUGAGCCAGGCUUCUACGUAGAUUCUGAGCCCCCCACCCACGCCUUUGUCCCCUGUGGCCACGUCUGCUCAGAGAAGACAACAAUGUACUGGAGCCAGAUCCCACUGCCACAUGGAACUCAUGCUUUUCAUGCCGCCUGCCCGUUCUGCAUCCAGCCUCUGAACGGAGAGAGGGGCUACGUCAGGCUCAUCUUCCAAAGCCCACUGGACUAGAAACCACUCUCACUCUUUUUUAACCAGUAACCAACAGUGUGGAGUCUGAGUGAUUUUAAUCGAUUCAAAGAAGCACAUUUAUCAGGUUGUUUUCUGUUUCUUUAUGAAUAUUAUAAAUGUCUCAGACAGUGUCGUCCUCAGGACGUGACUUUCUUUUCUGGAUGCAGCUGCAGAAAAAGUCUAGGAAAACUGUAAUAAUGUUAAAUUUGUUUCACACUCUUAUUUAUAAACCUGUUCAGUGCUGUUUUAAAAGCUUUUCUGAAUUUAACAGUGGUACCAAAUCUCUAGUGUUUCCCUGAAACACUAAGAUGGUCAUUUGUUUCUCAGUCAUUAAAGGCCAAAUGCUGGUCUGGAAGCUUUUCUCCUUGGUAAAAACACUGGAUUAAAAAAACACAAGUAAAAAACAAAUCUCUGGGAUAUUUUGUUUUGAAACUUUGAAUUCAGGUGGUCUUUUUUUCUAAUUACCUUGAGACAUUAAUUUGUAUUUUGUGACCUAUAUGAUACAUUUGGGAAACUUAAUUCAAUGAAACAAGGCUCAGAAAAGUGUAUUUUACUCUUUUUCUACAAAACAUGCCAUCUACAUUGUACAUUGUGAUAGCCUUAAUCAUUUAAAAGCACGAUAAAAAUGUACCAAACAGUUCAGGACCUGAACAUUGGGAUCUGAGCUGAGUGUUUGAGCUGCUUUCCUCCACCACCAUGUGGCUGUGAAUUAAAAACAUUUGUGUUUUCUUCAGGUAAAUAACUUGAAAUUAUUCUUCAUACCAUCAUUUUCAUUUUGUUUUUCUGUUAACAAAUUGAAACAAAUCAAGUCAUCAAAUAAAUAUCUUUAUUUUGGAUAAAAAACAUCAUUCCACAAAUUUCAGUCUCCAUUACUUUGCAUUCUGUUUGUUGUUCGUAGUUUAUUUCAUGUGUUUCUGCACUUUGUUUUUGUACAAUUAAAAGCAAUAAAAACACUUUGUGUCACUGGAAGGAAA